CUGGUGCCGUUGUCACAGGAGGCUACGUCGCGUGGUGUUCGUGUAGCCCCGGGAGCGCUUGCACAUCGUGAUUGAAGCUAAUGCCGGCAGGUGGACGGAAACCUCUUCCUCACAACGGACGCCAACUACCAGAACAUAACUGACGGCGACAUUGCCUAUAUCAGCUGCAAUCCCGACGACUACAAGGGCAUGAUCAAAGCCGACGCCGUCCUCCAAGAGGCUUACAACGGCCACAAUAUCACCGCCAUUAUACUGUACAGCACAGCGACCGACUAUUGCAACUACACCGACGCAAAGCCAGGAAUGCAGGAGUUUCCGCUGUACUCGAUGACGGACAAGUCAGAUUCACAACAGAUUAGGGAUCAACUGAAGAGCCAGCCUGUCUCGUCCAAGUUCUUCGUCGAGGUUACAAAGAGUAGGAACGGGGGGAGCGGGGGCGACGAGGGCCCGAACGGCCAGCAGAAUAAUCCACUGGGUCCAUCGCCGUCGACGGCCGUGGCUAUGAUUAUUCUGUAUAGUAUCACGGGAAUUAUCACGGCGCUAUUCCUCGUCAUCAUCAUCACGGGCGCGGUGAGGGCGCAUCGCCAUCCGGAUCGCUAUGGGCCGCGGGAUGUUUUGGGAAGACCAAGGCAGAGCAGGGCGAGAGGAUUGGGAAGAGCCAUUCUGGAUACGAUCCCGAUUGUCAAGUUUGGCGAGCGGGAAUCGCCGAAGCCGACGGAUGUGGAGUUGGGAUCCACGUCAGAAGCAAGGCAUGUAGACGACGCGAACGCAGAAAUGGGAGCUCAGGAUGCGCCAGCAACGACCGACGCUUCCACGGAGAACCAAGCUGAAGUGCCUCGGCAUGUGGGCGCUCAGCACGCGGCUAUGGAAUCGGGCAUUGCUCCCGCGGCGGCCGUUGCAGCACAGCAUGACCCUUCGUCUGAGGAAGGCCUCGGAUGCUCCAUUUGCACCGAGGACUUUGAGAAGGGCCAAGAUAUCCGCGUGUUACCCUGCAACCAUAAGUUCCAUCCCGAGUGUGUGGAUCCCUGGCUCCUCAAUGUGUCGGGCACAUGUCCAUUGUGCCGCGUCGACCUACGGCCAGUCACCUCCAAUACCUCCACCGAGGAACAGGACUCCGAUACUCAGGACCCGGACUUUCUUGCUCCACCUUUACAGCCCGACACCGACGUUUCGCAUCGUCGGCGCUCGGCGCUGCGCGAUAUUGUCUCAUUCCGCUCCCGUCCCAACGCUUCGGCUGAUGAGCGCAUAUCAGCCCUACGCCGUCUACGGGAAUUGCGGCAUAACCAAAGCGGCGAUAUCACCUCAGGUAGCGCAAAUGCUAGCUCUGAAGACGUCGCCAGGGACCGCCGCAGUAAACGAAUGAGCGUCCGAUUAUCGGACGUGUUCGGCGGCCGAUCGAGACGAUACGGGCGAGAGGAGUCUCCUCAGCCGGGGGAACCUUCAAGCAAUGGUGUCCAACAACCGCCGCAGAGAGACGGAUCACCCGGUCCAAGCAACAGCAACGAGCCACCAGACCCGAACCAGAACCAGAGGACAUAAGUGUUCACCACGUUACUUACCAUUCCUUUUCUGCGCGUCCGUAGUCUUCCUUGCACAUACUACCCCCUGCUUGCUUUUUACAUGGCGUCUUCGGAUUGAUUACUUUAGC